AGAGAGAAUAGAAAUGUGUUAAUAGACAGCCGAGAGGUUUGUUGCAGGAGUGAAAAGUCUUGAGUCUGAUCAAGACUAAACGUAGCGUACGAUUUAAUUACCAAAAACGUUGGAUUUUAGCGUUAUCCCCGCUGAAAGAACUGACCAGUGUUCCCAACGGGAGAUAUAGGACAGGCUGAUUGUUGUGGCCAUCAGCACAGAGUUUGACGUCGUCCCAAGUAAUCUAACUCAGUCGUCUUCGGGCCGGGAUAUAAGGGGCCCUAAAGAGCUGACUGCUACCCCGGCUGACCAGCACAACCUGAGCCUUUUUAGAGGAGAAGGCCCAAACCAAAGAUGGAUCAGGUAUCAGAUGACGAAUUGGACCACGCUGCUGAGGAGGACAGCGAUAAGGAGGACCAGGACCUCGACAAGAUGUUCGGAGCAUGGCUGGGAGAACUGGACAAACUCACACAGAGUCUGGAUGACGGUCGGCCGCAGAAGGUCCAGAAGGCCCCGCUGAGACAGGAGACUAACCUGGCCAACUUCUCCUACCGCUUCUCCAUGUACAACAUCAACGAGGCGAUUAGCCAAGGUGAGACGGUCGACCUGGAUGCUCUGAUGGCCGACCUGUGCUCCAUCGAACAGGAGCUCAGCACCAUCGGAAAACCCGGCUCCUCCUCUUCCACCCGCCAGUCUGAGUCCAAAGUCCGUCAGAAGCCUCCGGCGGGCCGCUCCGGCAGCACCAAACAGCCCAGCGGCGGAGGCAGCAGCGGAGGCAGCAGCAGCAGCAGCACUCGCGCCUCCCCUGCCUCCAGCGUCCGGGGGGGAAGUGGCCACGCCCGCCCCCUGGCCUCCAACUUCUCUCUGGACGACAUCACGGCCCAGCUGGAGAAAGCCUCUCUCAGCAUGGACGAGGCGGCCAGGCAGACCUCCGCCGCCUCCUCCGCCUCUUCCUCCUCCUCUUCCUCGUAUUCCUCCGCCACCCUUCGCCACCCGCCCUCGUCCUCGCACCGUCGCACGGGCUCGGUGGGCGCGGUCAGCGACCAGGAGGUGCGUUCCAUCGGCCACUCCUCGCGCUCCAGCGUGAACUCCGCCUCCGCCUCCAGCAUGGAUUCGCUGGACAUGAAAGGGCAGGAGGGGGAGGUGCCUCCAGUAACCCCCGCCCCCCAACCGCCUGCACAGAGCCAAAAUCAAACCAGCACUGAGCAUGCCUCACUACAAAGGGCCAAUGGUAAAUCUGCCAGAAGGCACCUUGACUUUACCUCACAGGAAGUGGAAGUGGAUCUUAAAACUCAUUCCUAUCUGGACAGGGAAACGUCCCUCAUUCUGAAAAGCAUUGCAGGAAAGCCCUCUCACCUGCUGACCAAGGAGGAGCAGGCUGCCAAAGCAAAGGCAGAGAAAAUCCGUGUGGCUCUGGAGAAGAUUAAAGAAGCCCAGGUGAAAAAGCUGGUGAUCCGGGUGCACAUGUCAGACGAGAGCUCUAAGACCAUGAUGGUGGACGAGCGACAGACAGUCAGACAGGUGUUGGACAGUCUUCUGGACAAGUCCCACUGCGGCUACAGCCCUGACUGGGCUCUGGUGGAGACCAUCCCUGAGCUCCAGAUGGAACGCAUAUUUGAGGACCAUGAGAACCUGGUGGAGAACCUUCUGAACUGGACCAGGGACAGCCAGAACAAGCUCAUGUUCACCGAGCGCAUUGAGAAGUAUGCUCUCUUCAAGAACCCACAGAAUUACCUACUCGGGAGGAAGGAGACAUCUGAGAUGGCAGACAGAAACAAAGAGGCACUCCUUGAGGAGUGUUUCUGCGGAACCUCCGUGUCUGUGCCCGAGAUCGAGGGCGUGCUCUGGCUGAAAGAGGAUGGGAAAAAGUCUUGGAAGAAGCGCUACUUCCUGCUGCGUGCAUCCGGAAUCUACUACGUACCUAAGGGCAAAGUUAAGGCCUCCAGAGACUUGGCAUGCUUCUUACAGCUGGAUCACGUUAAUGUUUACUAUGGUCAGGACUACCGUAGCAAGUACAAGGCCCCCACUGACUACUGCUUGGCCCUCAAGCACCCUCAGAUCCAGAAGAAGUCUCAGUACAUCAAAUACCUGUGCUGCGAUGAUGUCAGAACCCUCCACCAAUGGGUCAAUGGCAUUCGUAUCGCCAAGUAUGGGAAGCAGCUGUAUGUGAACUAUCAGGAGGCUAUGAAGCGCACUGAGGCAGCCUAUGACUGGGCAUCUCUCUCCAGCUCCAGCAUGAAGUCAGGCUCCAGCUCCAUCAGCAUACCCGAGUCACAUUCCAACCAUUCCAGUCAGACAGACAGCGGGGUGUCGGACGGCACCACCUCCACCCACGCUCGCUCCCAGAGUGUGGUCAGCUCCAUCUUCUCAGAGGCCUGGAAGAGAGGCACCCAAAUGGAGGAGAGCACCAGGGCAAGGGCUGAGUCAACCCGAAGCUCCCACUCCUCCAACCUGCCUCAGCUGCCUCCUCAGCAGCCGCAACCUCCUCCUCCGGCCCGCGGCAGCUUGUCCCACGCAACUCCUCAGCCCGCUGUCGCACCACCGCUACCACAACCCCCUCCACCUCCACCACCUCCCCCCCCUCCUCUACCUCCCCCCAGCACCCCUCACCAGUCAGCUCCGCUAAUGUUUGCCAAAUAUAGCACCAUCACCCGGCUACAGAACGCCUCCCAGGCUGCCAGUCAACAAAGACUCCAACCCCAACCCCAUCAGGCUCAAGCCCAGGCCCAACUCCAUCAGGCUCAGGCCCAAGCCCAGCAAGUCCAGCAGCAAGUGCUUCCAACUCCACCCCCACAGGCAGCCAAGCCACAGCAGAAUCACAUCCCAAUGGGAGGGAAUGUGCCCCCUCCACCACCUCCUCCUCCGCCUCCGCCGGCACCGAUGCCAGCUCCAGGGUCUGCCAUGGCUGUGCUCAAACUGGGGCCGCCCAGUCCAGCCGUGCCGCAGUUCACCCCGUCUCCGCCGCCUCCUCCUCCUCCUCCUCCCCCACCGCCAGAGCCCAAUCAAACGGAGUCCCUUCUUCCUCCUCCUCCACCCUCGUUGCUUAGCAACGGCGUGCCGCCACCUCCUCCUCCCCUGGCCCCGCCUCCACCACAACCACUUCAGCAGACGCUUACAGCCAACGGCCUCAAGCAAGUCCUAGCCCAGAAGUUUCCCCGCGUUCCUCAGGACAUCUCCCCACCUGCGAGCCAGGCCCAUUCUCCACCUCCACCACCUCCGCCGCCGCCACCUCCCCCACCCCCUCCUCCACCUCCGCUGCCUCCUCAGCAGCCUCCUGCUCCUGCACCACCGCCGCCUCCUCCUCUACAGCAUCCUGGCCCGCCUCCAGCCCCACCCAAAACCUUCAGCGGUUCUUUUCCUCCCCAGACCGCCCCUAAGCCCUCAGGUCCCGUUCCUCCAGUGUCCCCAGCAUCUAUCUUCCCACCUCCACCUGCACCAGCUCCACCACCUCCCCCUCCUCCACCACCUCCUCCACCAGCUCCAGUGAAGAGCCAGCCACCACCCACUCUUCCCAAGCAACACAGCAUCUCCAAGCCAACGUCGCUAUCUUCUGCUGCCCCACUUACACCGUCCAUGGUUAAGCAGAUGGCCAGUCAGUUCCCAGGGUUUGCCCCAGCAACGACCAAUCAUAUGGACAGUCAUAAAGCACCUCAGUCACCCCCUGCGGUGAAGGCCAAACCAAAGUGGCAGCCCGGUGGGCAGGUCCAGCAGCAGUCAUCCGACUUCCCUCCGCCCCCUCCGGAGAGCAGCCUUGCUUUUCCUCCCCCUCCGCCGCCUCCUCCUCCUCCGCCACCACCUCCACCGACCGCUGCAGGGCCUACACCACCACCGCCCCCUCUGCCCACAACCAAUACAGUCUCUCCCAUAAAGAAAUCUCCCUCUGGCUCCUCCUCCGGCGUUAAAAGACCUCCCCCCACCCCGCGAAGGAACUCCAGUAUCAAGUCCAACUCUUCCGCCGAAUUCCAGGAAUCUCGCAGGAACCUGGUGAGCAAGUUUACACCCAGCUCAUCCUCCACCCCUGCGUCGUCCUCCAGUUCGCCCACCAAGGAUGCUUCCGCUGGACCUCCAGCGCCACCCAAACCGGGCAAGCUGAACCUAUCCAAACUGCCUCCGGCUCUCCAAUCCAAAGUAUGCCAGCAACGCCAAUCCAGUGCAGACUUCCCUUCCCCACCUCCCCCUGAGAAUGACUUCUUUCCUCCCCCGCCGCUGGACUCCGACCUCCCGCCCCCUCCACCACUGCCGGGGGACUCUCACUCCGGUGCUCCCAAAGUGGCCGUGGUCAAUCCCCAGCCCCAGAAUUCCUGGAACAAAGGCUCUGUGAAGAAAACAUCGGCCCCGACAUCACUUAGGCGUAACAACACCACCCCCGAGGCCCCGCCUCUGUCCCCGCCUCCCUUGCAAAGCGGGGGCGGUCCCAUCCCUCCGACGUCGCCCAAGGGAAGCCCGGCUGUCCAGCCCAAUUUCCUGGAGGAUCUGAGCAGGACUCUAAAACGCAAGUCUGUGAACCGUCAAGGCUCGCUCUCUUCGUCACAACUCUCGGGGGGUAAGCUUGACCCCGUAGCCACCAUGGACGACAUGGCUUUGCCACCCCCUCCCCCAGAGCUGCUGCUUGACCAGCAGAGGCACAGUGGCAGCGGUUACACAUCUGGGAACAUCUCAGGCUAUGCAACGCUGCGGCGUGGGCCGCCCCCGGCCCCGCCCAAACGGGACCAAAGCACCAAACUGACCGGGUAGUGGUAGUACAGGAAAAAAAAAAAAAAAAACGAACUUAAUAGACUUGAGUCCCCUCCUGAACAUUCUCUCUCCCUCUCCCUUUC